AUGCCUUACCUAUGUAGGCUUGGACAGUUUAACAUUGUUGUCUUGAGAAAAAGAAAGAAGAUCUUAUAUGACAUUGUGGCAUUUGCCAAGGAAAGCGUCAACUCUCAUGUUAUCACUCUGGGACCUCAGAACUUUCCUGACAAAGAGAAGGAACCUUGGCUUGUGGAUUUCUUUGCACCGUGGUGUCCUCCUUGUCGAGCUUUGUUACCAGAGCUGAGAAAAGCAUCCAAACAUCUUUAUGGUCAGCUUAAAUUUGGAACACUAGACUGUACUGUCCAUGAAGGGCUUUGCAACAUGCAUAACAUUCGAGCUUAUCCAACAACAGUUGUGUUCAAUCAGUCUGAUGUUCAUGAAUAUGAAGGACAUCACUCUGCUGAGCAGAUCUUGGAGUUUAUAGAGGAUCUUAGGAAUCCAUCGGUGGUCUCCCUGACACCAGAGACGUUUGUUGAAUUAGUUCAGAGAAGAAAACAAGAGGAAAUCUGGAUGGUUGACUUCUAUGCUCCAUGGUGUGGACCUUGUCAGGCUUUAAUGCCAGAAUGGAAAAAAAUGGCCAGGAUGUUAAAUGGAUUAAUCAGUGUAGGCAGUGUGGAUUGUCAAAAAUAUUAUUCUUUCUGUCACCAAGAAAGUGUUCGAGGAUAUCCUGAAAUAAGACUCUUUCCUCAAAAAUCAAACACAGCUCAUCAAUAUUAUAGCUACAAUGGAUGGCACAGAGACUCGUAUUCACUGAGAGGCUGGGCACUGGGAUAUUUACCGCAAGUGUCUGUAGACCUGACUCCUCAGAGUUUCACAGAAAAGGUUCUAAAUGGAAAAGAUCACUGGGUCAUUGAUUUUUAUGCUCCUUGGUGUGGACCAUGCCAAAAUUUUGCUCCUGAAUUUGAGAUCCUUGCAAGGGCUGUAAAAGGAAAAGUAAAAGCUGGAAAAGUUGACUGUCAGGCAUAUGGUCAGACCUGUCAAACUGCUGAUAUCAGAGCCUACCCUACUGUCAAGUUUUACCCCUACCAAGGAACAAAGAAAAGUGUUCUUGGGGAAUAUAUAGACAGCAGAGAUGCAAAAGGUAUCGCUGACCUUCUGAAUGAAAAAUUAGAAGCAAUUCAAAAUAAAGGAAAAAGAAAAAAAUCUAGAAAUAAGGAUGAACUCUAAGUGGUACUGGAGGUAGAUAUGAUUCAAAAUAUUGUGAAGCUGUGAAUAUAGAGGACACCAUGAUGAAAAAUAGAAGGCUGAUUACAUUCAUGACAGGACUUAAGAGACGAAAGCUA